CCAAGCACCGGCAAACUUAUUGUCGGCCCAACUGGAGGCCCAUCUGUUUCCCCUCAAACAAGACGAGUGCGUCUAUCGGAUUCUUGUGCCGUUAAAGCGCUAGCCACCUUUUAGGUCUUAUUACCAAAGAGGAAACAGAACUCCACGCUGUAUCCCCUUCCCAAAUCCAUAAGAACGACGAUUUCAUAGCUCGUAAACAGCAUCAGAACGCGAAAGCUUGAUAAAGAAAAAAUUAAUAAAUAAAAAUUGAAAAAUCCAUGAGAAAAUGCUUGCAGAAGCUUCAACAACAAACUUUACAUCGUCCAUUGUUAUUAUUCACCACGUGCGGACUUUAGCAACAUCCACCAAUUUUCGCGGUUUUCGAUCGCCAUGUCCAGAUUUUUGAUGUUUGGAAAUAUAAAGAAAGUUGGAAGAUUAAUUAUUUUGAACCAAAGACAUAUAACGAAAUGCGGGACAUUGGAUAAGACAGUCGGUUUACAUUUGCCUCUAUACAGAUACUAUGAUGGUGCACGUUAUUGGUUUUCUAGUAAAGGCGGAUAUUCAUCUUUUGGAAGCUAUGGUGUUAAGGAACAUUUUUGCAGAAAAAGUUAUGUUUCUUCUAGGAAUUAUACUGUCUUCGCAGCUAGUAAUGUGGUAACACGCCAUGCCCAACAUGCCUUUAAAAGGCUUUGUAGAAAAGGUUCUGUCAGUCACCGUUCUUUCCCUCAUAUAAGUAGGAUUGCUCAAGCUGUCAGCUUGGCUUUGACGCGCUCUCAUCUAUUAGUUCCUGGCAUUUUUGCGAUAUCAUAUGGACAGGUGGCAUGGGCAGAGAGAACAUUCUCGGAAAUGGAUUUUUAUCCAUUACAGAAUUCGUUAUAUAUGCGUGCUCAAGAUGGGCAUGCUUAUGUGACAUCUUUAGUGCUUGCUAUUGUUGAAUGUUUUAUUUUGCUAGUGAGAGCUCUGUAUUUGGCAAUUCUGUUCUCCCCUAGCUUGAUAAUGGCUCCAUUUGUGGACUGUUGUGGACCACAAUUCAGGAAAAGGUGGCUUCAGGUUGUUCAUCGUACUCUUGAAAAGGCAGGUCCAGCAUUUAUAAAAUGGGGUCAAUGGGCAGCUACACGGCCAGAUCUCUUCCCUAGAGAUCUGUGCACAAAGCUUUCAGAGCUACACACUAAAGCUCCUGAACAUAGCUUUGAUUACACAAGGAAAACUAUUGAAAGAGCAUUCGGUCGCAAGCUUCCUGAGAUUUUUGAACGUUUUGAAGAGGUGCCUGUUGCGUCUGGAAGUAUUGCUCAAGUGCAUCGAGCCUCUUUGAGAUUUAGAUAUCCGGGUCAAAAGCAGGUGAAGCCUAUGGUUGUUGCUGUAAAAGUCAGGCAUCCUGGUGUUGGUGAAUCAAUUAGGAGAGACUUUGAGAUAAUCAACAUGGUAGCUAAAUUAUCAAACUUCAUUCCAACUUUGAAUUGGUUGAGGCUAGAUGAGAGUGUGCAGCAGUUUGCAGUUUUCAUGAUGUCUCAAGUUGACCUUGCAAGGGAAGCUGCUCAUUUAAGCCGCUUUAUUUAUAAUUUCCGGAGAUGGAAGGAUGUUUCUUUUCCAAAGCCUGUAUAUCCACUAGUGCAUCCUGCUGUUUUAGUGGAAACUUAUGAGCAAGGGGAAAGUGUCUCACACUUUGUUGAUGAACUUGAGGGACAUGAUCGGAUUAAAAGUGCUCUUGCUCACAUUGGGACUCAUGCACUUCUGAAAAUGCUUUUGGUGGACAACUUUAUUCAUGCAGACAUGCAUCCGGGAAACAUUCUUGUUCGAAUGUCUCAAAACAAGUCUUCUCGAAAAGGGAUCUUUAAAUCAAAGCCCCAUGUUGUUUUCCUUGAUGUAGGCAUGACUGCUGAACUUUCCAGAAGUGAUCGCGUAAAUUUACUUGAAUUUUUUAAAUCUGUUGCCCGACGAGAUGGCCGAACUGCAGCAGAAUGUGCGCUAAGAUUAUCAAAGCAACAAAACUGCCCAAAUCCUAAAGCUUUUAUUGAGGAAGUGGAAGAGGCAUUCACUUUUUGGGGUACUCCAGAAGGUGAUCUAAUUCAUCCUGCUGAGUGCAUGCAAGAGUUACUGGAGAAAGUCAGGCGUCAUAAAGUUAAUAUUGAUGGCAAUGUUUGCACUGUGAUGGUGACAACUUUAGUUCUUGAGGGUUGGCAGCGGAAGCUGGAUCCUGCAUACAAUGUAAUGCAAACAUUACAAACUCUGCUUCUCCGAGCAGACUGGGCAAAGUCUCUUUCCUACACAAUUGAUGGACUGAUGGCACCAUGAGAAGGUUACCCUUUGUGCUGUUCCUGUUAAACAAUUUUGGCAGUGCUAAGACUCAAAAUUAUACCAGUUCUAAGAAAUAACAGAAGAGUUUUGUCCUCUUUGAACUGUUGAGCGCUUUUGUUCUCUUCUUCAAAAUUUUGUCCCUGUAUUUAUUAAUUCUUGUUGAUUACCAUAUAGGAUUGCUUUUUUUUAGCCUGUCAACUUGCAACGAAAAAUGCGAUAAUGAAGAAAUGUAUUCAUAAAUUUUUCUA